AUGGCUCCGCCGGGCCCGUGGCUGCUGCUGGCCGCGGUUCUGUGCGCGGCGGCGGCGGAGGCGGCGGUGCCCGAGCCCCGGUGCCCGUCGUGCCCGGCGGGCCCGGAGCGGUGGCUGCUGGAGGAGGUGGCCAAGAAGCAGCUGCUGGAGAAGCUGCGGCUCCGCGAUCGCCCGCGGCUCGCCCACGCCGUGCCCCGCGCCGCCGUGACCCGCGCCCUGCGGCGGCUGCAGGCGGGAGGCGCCCGCCGGGGCCCCGGGGCUGCCGGCAGCGAUGAGGAGGAGGAGGAGGAGCAGAGCUACGAGAUCAUCAGCUUCGCGGAGACAGAUCUCACCUCUCCCCCCAGUUUGGGGCUGCAAUUCCAGUUCAGCCAAGCGCAGGAGCAGGACCUUCUCCUCCUGCAGGCUCAGCUCUGGCUCUACCUGCGAGUUCCCCGCUCCGGCCUCACCCUGAGGAUCUUCCUGGCCUCCAAAACCGCGGCUGGGGCUGGGGGCAACCGCACUCUGCUGGCGGAGAGGCGGCUGAGCACGGCGGGCAGCGCCUGGAGCUCCUUCCCCCUCCUGCCGGGGCUCCAGAGCUUCUUCUCCGCGCACAGCCGGACCCUGCGGCUGGAGCUGGACGGCAGCGAUGGCACAGCCCAGCUCAACGCCAGCUGGUCCCACCAGCCCUUCCUGGUGGCCAAGGUGAAGGUGAGGGAGCCCGGGCACCGCGUGGCCAAGCGCAGCCUCCGCUGCAGCCAGAACUCCGACCUGUGCUGCCGCAAGGAUUUCUACGUGGAUUUCCGCGACAUCGGUUGGAACGAUUGGAUCAUCAAGCCCGAGGGCUACCAGAUCAAUUACUGCGUGGGCCAGUGCCCUCUGCACGUGGCUGGCAGCCCUGGCAUGGCCUCCUCCUUCCACACGGCCGUCUUCAACCUGGUCAAAGCCAACAAUGUCCAAGCUUCGGGGCAUUCCUGCUGCGUGCCCACGCGGCGCCGCCCGCUCUCCGUGCUCUACUUCGACCGCAACAGCAACAUCGUCAAGACCGACAUCCCCGACAUGAUCGUGGAUGCUUGUGGUUGUAGUUAGGGCUGGGGGAGAUGUGGUGGGACCCCUCCCUUUUCUCCAGGAUUGUGCUGCUGGUGGUGGGGAGGGAGCUGGAGAGCUCCGUGAGCCCUCGGUGGAUCCCUUUGGAGAGGUUUGGGAGGGUGAGGGUCUCGUCAGGGGGAGCAGGGGGCUUUGGGGACAUGUGGGACAGAGCCAAGGCCACAUCAGAGUGCCCAAAGCUGGGCUGUGGGUGUUGGUGACUCUGGACAUCCCUGCUGCACUGUUCCCGAGCUGAUCCCACAUUCCUGGCGCUCACAUUCCCCACUUGGGCCACGUUCA